CCUCCUGCGUCCUUCCGAGUCGCAGCGCUCCCUGGACCCGCGGUUAGUGGCGCAUGGAGCGGACAUGACCAACGCCGCCGUGCGUCCCCCUGCGCCCGCAGAGGCUCCAUCUCCACCCGGCCGUGUUCUCCAUCAGCCUCCAACAGUCCUAACUCUGGACUAAACGAGCUCUUCCACGGUAACGCAUUGGGAUUACGCGCGCUAUUACGCACGCAUCUUUUUCUUUUUUCUCCGGGAGAUCUGAAAACAGUGCGCGCGAUUUCACCUGUCUUCCUUGUCGGGGGCGCGCAUCUUCCAGGCGACCCCGCCCACUCGCAGCUGUUUUGAGGUCGGCCCCCGCGGUCACAGUGGCCCGGCUACUCCGGCCUCAGACGCGUGUUUAUCGCCCUCGCUGUGGGAACCGGGCCACGCCGCUGCCGAUGCCAACUGGAGUGGCCGCUGACUCUUUGACUCUGCCUCACUUCCGCCGGAUUUCCACCGCAGGGGGAGACUCUCCGGGCUGCCGGACUGGCUCAGGCCGAGCGAGGAGACUGUCUCUGGGCCGAGUUCCAUAGUGGAGGGGGGAAGAGAUGUGGCCCCUUCUUUCCACGCUGACCCUCCUAUGUAUCCAGAUGUUGCUGGUGAUGUGCAAUCCAUUGCAGCGACCCGCGGCGUGUUUGCAGCAGGUGCUCGGUGUGGAUGGAGUCAACUUCAGCGUGCACGUGGAGAACCAGACGCAGGUGCGAGACACCAUGAGUCGACGACACCACCGGGUGUACCAGCUCUACAGUCGCACCAGCGGCAAACACGUCCAAGUGAUCGGACGCAGAAUAAGCGCCCGGGGAGAAGACGGAGACAAAUAUGCCCAGCUCGUAGUGGAGGCCGACACCUUUGGAAGCCAGGUGAGAAUCCGGGGCAAAGAAACCAACUUUUACCUGUGCAUGAACCGCCGGGGAAAGCUGGUAGGAAAGAAGGCCAGUAACAGAAGUGCCGACUGCGUCUUUGUGGAGAAGGUUCUGGAAAACCACUACACAGCUCUGAUGUCGGCACGCUACACGGGCUGGUAUGUGGGGUUCACGAAAAGAGGGCGCCCUCGCCGCGGCCCCCACACGCUCCCCAACCAGCAGGACGUACACUUCAUGAAGCGUUUCCCGCCUGGGGAGCAACCGGACCUCACCACGCCGUUUCGCUUCACCACCAUCAGCAAGCGGGGCAAGAGGGUUCGCGCCACCGGGCCGCGCUAGUGGCGGGGCCGCGCUAGUGGCGGGGCCACGCUCUAGUCGGCAUAGAAGCCUUGACCUGAGCCUGCCUAUGGCUGAAGCGGUCAAACAAAAAAACCCGAAUCGCAUUCCACUGAACAAGUCCCUUUGUCGGGACAAACAUUGACCAGAAACUUGACGAAUCAUUUAGGGGGUUUCUCUUCACAUGUUGCCACUACAGCCCCUUUCCUUGUAGAUCAUUCCUCUCAGAAGUUACUCCUUGCCGGGACCCUUGGUGGUCCAUCACUGGAAGCGAUACGGACUUGGUCUGCUUCCCUUCACGGAGCAGAACUAUUGACAGAAUACCUGAAGGGCAGCCAAGGCUCACGGCUCGACAAAGGCCUUCAUUCCGCAGCCACAAAAAAACAAAAAGCCACAUUGCCUUUUACAUCUCCUGUUGUGGACCAGCUGGACAGUGUCAAGAAUGGAAUUACAACUGGACCGUGGAGGGAGAGGACAAGGGUGAAAAGGAGCAAGUGUCUAAAGGGGGGGG